AUGGAGAAUGGGCUAACCGAUCAUGGUUUUGGAAAGGAAGAAAAUUAUGAUCGAAAAGCAGAACUCCAAGCUUUUGAUGACACUAAAGCAGGGGUCAAAGGACUAGCAGAUUCUGGAAUAACAAAAAUUCCCAGGAUAUUCAUUCAUCAAGCAGGUAACUUUCUGAAGCAAUCCAAAUCCAAGGAAUCAUUGCAAUAUGAGUUUCCAGUGAUUGAUCUUGAUGGGAUCAGAAAAGGGCCAAUCACGCGUAAGGAGGUAGUGGAAAAAGCCCGGGAAGCAUCCGAAAAGUGGGGAUUUUUCCAUGUGGUUAAUCAUGGAAUUCCUGUUGGUGUUUUGGAAGAAAUGAUAGCUGGAGUUCAUAGAUUCUUUGAUCAAGAUUUUGAGGUUAGGCAAGAAUGGUACACAAGAGAUGCAACUAAAAGGGUUGUUCACAACUCCAAUUUUGAUCUGUUUAGUUCACCAGCUGCUAAUUGGAGAGAUACAGUUUUUUGUAUUAUGGCUCCAAAUCCUCCAAAUCCAGAGGAAUUGCCCCCAGUUUGCAGAGAUAUUCUGAUAAAAUGCUCACAAGAGGUAGCAAAACUGGGAUCAACUUUGUUUGAAAUUCUAUCAGAAGCUCUAGGGCUGAAUCCGAACUACCUUAAUAACAUUGGUUGCAAUGAGGGGCUGGCUGUUAUAUGCAAUUAUUAUCCUCCAUGCCCUCAGCCAGACCUGACAUUAGGCACCACAAACCAUACCGACGGCGACUUUCUUACCGUGCUUGUACAAGAUCACAUUGGAGGACUUGAAGUUUUGCAUGAGAAUCAAUGGGUUGCAGUUCCACCACUUCCUGGAGCUUUAGUAAUAAACAUAGGAGAUCUUCUCCAGCUUAUAUCAAAUGAUAAGUUUAUCAGUGUAGAGCAUAGAGUAUUGGCUAAUGAUGUUAGUACAAGAGUAUCAGUGGCAAGCUUCUUCAGAAACUUUGACGUAUCGCCAUCUGCAAAGGUAUAUGGUCCGAUUCCAGAUCUUCUGAGUGAUGAAAAUCCGGCGAAAUAUAGGGCAAUAACUGUGAAAGAAUAUGUAACCUUCUUCAACAACAAAGGGCUUGAUGGAACUUCAGCUUUGACACACUUCAGGCUUCAAUGA